CGUGGCUACACAUGCAUAUUCUGAAAAUGGCGGCUUGAUUACAACUUGCUUGUGCAAAAUAUUUUGGUGUCAAAAACACGACAUUCUCCAUUCUUAUACAAAAUUAACAAUGGGAUUUUCCAGAUCUGAAGCAUACGAUGUUUUAGAAUUACCAAUAGGAGCAGAUCAAGAUUCAGUCAGAACCAGCUAUAAACGUCUUGCCCUGAAAUGGCAUCCAGAUAAACAUGGCAACUCAACAGAAUCCAUGAGAAAAUUCCAGGAAAUAUCCAAAGCUUACAAAAAACUUAUGGAAGAUGACGGUGAAGAUGGGCUACGUGGCAUGACACUGGAUCAAAUGAUGCAGUUAUUCAAAGAUGUUUUCUUUUCACGAACAUCGAAUUCUUAUAAUGGAUCAGAUGAUUCAUCGGAUUACGAUUAUGAUGAUGAUGAUGACGAUGAUGAUAUUGAUUCAGACGAAGAAAAGUAUUCACAUUUAUAUCACGACAGAUUUCAAUACAAAGAUUCAAAGAAAUCCAAAGUUGGUGAAUCUCAUUUUAGAAAAUUAACAGUAGAUGAAAUAAAUAGAAAUGCAGAAGAAUUAAUAACAGAAGAAGAAAGAGAAAAGAAAAGAAUAGAAAAAAGAAAAGCAAAGAAAAAGAGAAGGAGAGAAAAGAAAAAAUUAGAGAAACAGAAAGAAAAGACAAAGGUGGAAGUAAAUGGACAGAUUAAUGAUAAAGAUACAAUUAAUACAGAUAUACAAAGUGGAAAUAAAGUGAAAAAGGAGAAAAAGCCUGGCAUACCAUCUUCAUCAGAAGACACGGCUUUUGAUCCUAAUUCAGCAUUUUUUACCAAAGUCAUUAAUAAAAAAAAGAAAACACUCUCAGGGACGGAUUCUUCAGGAAAGAAAGGGCGGUCCAAACAUGGAAGUGAUGAAGAAUCCGAGGAGUUAGAUCCGGUUGUGCUACGCAGCAGACAAUUAGCAAUAAAGGGCAAUGAAAUGGCUCAAUUAGGUCACUACAGUGCUGCUAUAGAACUUUUUAGUGAGGCUAUUAAAUUAGACCCCAAUGAUUUUAGAUUUUUUGGAAAUAGGUCAUAUUGUUUUGAUCGGGAACAUCAAUUUGAUAGGGCUUUAAAAGAUGCAGAAAGAGCUAUAUUACUACAAAAAGAUUGGCCAAAAGGAUAUUUUAGAAAAGGGAGAGCUUUAGCUGGUCUAAGAAUGUUUUCUGAAGCAGAGGAUGCCUUUACACAAGUUUUGAAAUUAGAUAAAAAUUGUGAAGAUGCUGUACAAGAACUUUUACGUGUUAGAAUACAGCAGAUAGUGGAAAUGGGUUUUUCUAGAUAUCAGGCAGAGGAAGCAAUAAAGAAGUACUCAACAGUUCAAGGUGCAUUGGACUCUCUGCUAGCAGGUGUAGCCGAGAAAGCCCUUGGUAGUGAAAUUUAUGUAUCUGAUGAUGAGUCAGGAUUUAUGACUCCAUCCCUAUCCAAAACCAAACAACAAAACACAGAUUCAAAAAUGGACCCCCGUAACCCAGAAGGACUGACCGCUCUGUGGGUUGGAAAUGUUUUACCUGAUAAAGUAGAUGAUAAAAAACUGCUGAAAAUAUUUUCAAGGUAUGGCCCUGUGACCAGUGUACGUACAUUGCCAGAAAAAUUUUGUGCUUUUGUAAACUUCAAGACCAAGGAGGCUGCAGGGAAAGCCAUGCAGUGUUUGCAGGGAGCCGAGUGUGGGGGUCAGAAGUUACUUAUCAAGUUCCCAGAUAACCCCAUACUGAACAGUGGGACGGUGACCAUUAGGAAGACCCCUCAACAGACCAAUCCUCAACAGAGACCGACGUACGUGGGAAAAGCAGUUGUUGCCCAACAUCAGACUUCCACUCCAGUGAUUGACACAUUACCAACAGCUUUGGACCCCAAGAACACUGGCCCUGUAAAUGGGGACGAAUGUUACUUCUGGAGGACCACUGGAUGUUCGUUUGGUGACAAGUGCCGCAAUAAACACUUACCUGCAAGCAAAGGCGUGGACAAGAAGCCAUGGCAGAAAACUUAACAGAACAGAUCAAUUUAAGCAAUAUUCAUGCGUUUUCCAUAGGUGCUACACUACACAAGUGAUACAAGACUUCUAUUUUUCUGUUUUUGUUUUAAUAUAAGGUUUCAUUAUAAAUAACACACCAAUGGAUGUGCUUUUGUAGUGAUUGGGCUUCAGAAAAUUGGUAUGGCUGUAAUAAUUCUGAACAUUUUUUUUUUCGAGGGGGGUGGGGGGGGGGGGGGACUUCUAGUUUAACACAGAGAUCUGAACUUUGUUUGUGUGGAGUUUAUUGAAGUUUGGCUAUGUGAUGAAUUUAUCAUUCUAGUCACAGGAAGAAAACAGCAUUGAGUUGUUACUAUGGAGUUGCAGAUAUAUUUGAUCAUGAACUAGAUAUAAAUUUUUGUUAUAAGUUAUUUUUUUUUAAAUUAAUUUGUACACUUUGUUCAGAUUAAGUGAUGGCCUUUUGCGUAAAAUGCCUUUAAAAUUCGUUUGUCCAUCUGUCUCUGUGUAUGAUAUUUAUACAUUUGUUGAUCAGACUCAAGGGCAUUAUGCUACUCACACAUGACACGUCUCUGUUAUCUGGUCGUUAAGCACGUGGUAUUCAGCCCAGUCUGUAUUUUAGAGGUAUUAAGCACCAGUCCUUGUAAAUGGGAAAGACCAAAAGAUUCAGAUCCUUCAUCGAGUGUUUAAAAAAUUGAUAGCUUCUUAUUCCUAAUCAUUUUGUCAAAAUUAAAAAAUCUACUGCUCCUGUCUCCAUGUAUAUCAUGUGCCCUGCUGUACAGCUUUUUUGAAACCUUUCUUUUAACUUUGAUGUUGAAGAAAAUAUGAUUAAUUUUUAUCUGCACUGAGCUGCACAGACCACUUAACACUCAUCUGACAUCUUGAUCUUUUGGGGGGUUUUCCCAGGGUAUUUUUCAUAUGGCUUCUGGGCAGUUUUGAAUCUCGCAUAUGCAGACAGAGUUGUUUUAAACUGUUGUUAUUUGUUAUUUUUAAUUAUGUAAAAAACAGUGUUCUGACACAGUCUCGGUUUUUAUUCUGUUGAUGAGAAUUGGUAAUUAUAACAAAACUUUUAUUCUUUGAUAUAAGUAUUAUUUAUGGACUGAGGUCUUAUUUUUUCUUUUCUUUUUUAAUGGUGCAAGAUUUAGCUGUAGAUGCCACUUGCUGAUAUUCUCACAAUAUUUGAUACAGUUUGCAGCUUGUUACAUUGUCCUCAUCAGAAGAGCUUUACAUUGAAAUGUUUUACUUAAAAAUCUUGUGUAAGGGUGAAAAAUGUUUUAUGAUAUUAAGAAAAUAGCAUCUGCACCAGAAACACUGCUAAUUAUUUCUAUGAAUAGAAGGCUAUUGUGAUGAAAAUAUGGCCAAACUUUGUUAAAAUGAAGUAUUGGAAGAAUUUGGUGAAGAUCCGAGACUGGUGAUUUAUUGCAUUGCGUACGGGUGAUUUGAUGUAUGUUAACUUUAUCAUGGAAGCAUUCAUAUCUUGAGGUUUUACAAACACACUGAGAACCUUCCAUUAUAACACAUAACUAAAGUUGGGUAGUGGAAAUCAUUUUAUUUUUAAACUUUAUAUCAAGAAAAGAAAACUGAGAUGAAUAAAAAUAUGUGAAUGAAUUGUUAA